GCUUUCAGCACCAGCAGCCAUGUUCACCGACACGGCGACGUACUUCAAGCAGAAGGACGAGCAGACCAAGUUCUUCGUGGAUACAUGGUUUGGCGACAUGCUUGCUGCCGGAGUGGGUUUGACAGAGCUCCCUGCGACCACAAGCCAGGCGCUCGUCGCACUGCUGCUGCCGCUCUCCGGGUACGGCGCGCUUGCACAGGCCGUUGCGGCGAGCGACCUUUCGGUGCACAUCCGGGGCGUGUGGCAGAUGCUGCAUGCGACGAGCCGGAUCAACUCGACCACCUCGUAUCUCGACACCACGACAGGUUUCGCCAACCUCGUGCUGGGGCGUGGCGGCGCCCACGCGCACUUUGCCGCCAUCAUCAAGAAAGGCGCGGCGCAUGCGACGCACAAGGUAUCCUUCCUCGGGUCCCCAGAUGUCGAGAACCUCUCGAUGGCGAUCGUCUUGUCGAACGUUGGCGUCGAAGUCGUCGAGGCGGCGAUCGCAACGGACGCGCGCAGCACUCCCGUCCACGUGGUGGCCGACGCUUCUCUCUUUGACGCUAUCUUGCGCGUGGCGGCCAAGGCCAACCUCCUCCAAGACCUUCCUCGGCGUAUUCAAGGCGUGCUCAUGGCUGUUGGUGACGUUGUCCUCCCCGAUGUUGGCCUCUAUAGCGCUGGCAACUCGCGGAGUCAUUUCGUCGCAUACACGCCUUUUCGCAUCGGAUGCAAAAUGCUCACGACGCUCGAGAUCGAGACUGACCUUGCUGCCCGUAGCGCGUAG